AUGGAGAGUGAAAGAGUACUUGAGGCUUUGUUAUUUGCUGUUAUUCUCUUAUUUGCAGCUACCUGCAUUGCUCAAGAACUUGACGAUGAGAGAGGAUUUAACUACGACGAAGCCAGUGAGAUUGGGCCGAUGCAUUGGGGAGAAAUCCGUGAAGAAUGGAAAGAAUGCACGACAAGCAAAAUGCAAUCGCCUAUCGACAUAAAAAAUGAAAAAGUUCAAAUAGUGUCGUAUUUGGGGAGACUUGAGACAAGCUAUAAGCCCGCCAAUGCGACUCUUGUCAACCGCGGACAUGAUAUGAUGAUAAAAUGGGUAGAUGGAGCAGGACAUAUUGAAAUAAAUAGAAGGCUUUAUGAGCUGAAACAGUGCCAUUGGCACAUACCUUCUGAGCACACUAUCAAUGGCAGAAGGUUUGAUAUGGAAGUUCAUCUCGUCCAUCAAACCAAAGACAAUCGUACGGCUGUGAUUGGCAUCAUGUACAAAAUUGGACGGUCCGAUUCCUUCCUAUCCGUGAUGAAACAAAAUUUAAAGAUAAUGGCUCACACUCGCGACGUAAAAAAGACUCUUGGAAUUAUCGACCCCCGACUUAUAAAAUUUGGGAGUUGCAAAUAUUACAAAUAUAUGGGAUCAUUGACGACUCCUCCUUGCACACAAAAUGUCUUAUGGACAAUCGUAAAAAAGAUACGGAUAGUCACUGAAGAACAAAUAACUAUGAUUCGAAAUGCCGUUCAUGAUGAAUUAGAAACGAAUGCAAGGCCUGUUCAACCAAUAAACGACCGUAUGGUGGAUCUCUACAGACCCAAAAUUAUCAAAAAAUAA